CUUCUUUGCGGUGGAGUAUCGGGAGCUUCACGGCUCACGUAACUGGCUGGCUGUUCACUUAGAUUGGAACUAUGUAAGCCAAUAUAACGCUGCGCUGCGUGGUAAGCUAGCACCGCUAUGGUACCCGUACCACGAAGGUGCUUGUGCUACUACUAUGACUCGUGUGCGUUGAUAUUAUUUGCAGCGGUUGUAUUAAAAGUAUGUUUUGCUUCUUGCCUAUGCUGCUACGGCUGCCACGUUCCAUUGCUGAAGGGGGUCAGCAGAUCUUUGCUCUUCAUGCAGUUGGUUCCUAGUAUAUCACCACACCUCACACGAAAACAUAUAAUGGCUUUACUGCCCCCAAAACUAUCCUUCUCUAAUGAGAAACGUGUCGUUUUUUUCUUGCCCUUUAUGCAGUUGGUGCCGGGUCGCAUUUGACGAUGUUCCCUUUCUCACGAUAGUGAGGCAAGCGGGAUCAAAAUAGUGAGCGAGUGAGCGAGCGAACGGGUUGGAUCGACGGAGGCCC